GAAUGAACUUUAGAAUAGGGAGAGUGCAGACGUCGAAACAUAACCCCUUUAACGGAGUAAUCGAGAUGGAAAUUUGAGUUUUGCUGUAGUGCGACGUAAUAACAAAUACGUAUUUCUCUUUCAGUAGUUUAUUGAUAAUUUAUUGAGAAAGAAAAUUCACGAGUGAAGGGAAGCAAAUAUACGUUCUAUUAGUAGCGAUACGUAGUGCUCCAUGCGAAAGGAAAGAGAUCUUUGACAACUCAAUGAAAAGUCAAAAUAAUGGAUAAAAUUUUUAAAUAUAUUCGUGCAAAUCGAUUGACGUUGUUUAGAACUUUAACAAGCGAUCAAUGCAUACAGACAUCAAAUGAAUUAUAUAUGGGGCAAUAUGUACCUAUAGUUAACAGAGUGUUAGCAGCACAGGAAUAUACAACGGCUUUUCCAGUUAAUGCCAGGUAUUUGUACAGUGGAAAUACAGAAAAUGCAGUUUGCACACUAUCUUCUAAACAGAAGCUGCUGAUAUCUAGUCAACAAAAACGCAAUAUGUUCAUUCAGACGCAAGAUACACCAAAUCCAAAUAGUUUAAAAUUUAUCCCAGGGGUAUCUGUGUUAGGAGAAGGAUGCACAAAAGAUUUUCCAAAUGCUAAAGAUGCAUAUUGUUCACCACUUGCUAAGAUGUUAUUUCGUAUAGAGGGAGUGAAAGCUAUUUUCUUUGGACCUGAUUUUAUCACAGUUACGAAGCUUGAUGAAGAUAUAGAAUGGAAAUUAUUAAAACCAGAAAUUUUUGCUACUAUUAUGGAUUUCUUCGCGAGUGGUUUACCAAUUAUGGACGAAUCUCAACUCGCAGCAGAUACACAAAUUAGUACAGAUGAUGAUGAAGUUGUUCAGAUGAUAAAAGAAUUGUUGGAUACACGAAUACGUCCUACAGUACAAGAAGAUGGCGGUGAUAUAGUAUUUAUGGGUUUUGAGGAGGGUAUUGUAAAAUUGAAAAUGCAAGGUUCCUGCACAAAUUGCCCGAGCUCGGUAGUAACAUUGAGGAACGGUGUGCAGAAUAUGAUGCAAUUUUACAUACCUGAAGUACUCGGGAUUAUACAGGUAGAAGAUGAGACAGAUAAAAUUUCGAAGAAAGAAUUCCAGAAAUUCGAACAAAAAAUCAACCAGAAAGAAAAAAGUAAGGACCAGUAAAUUUUGAUGAUAAUUAUCAGCAGCUAAUAUGUAUAUGAGUAGAAGGAAAUCGUGCACAGGCAUUUUGGAGUAAUCUUGUGCAUGGUAAUAAAAUGUAUAUUUCGA